UUUACAAGGAAAGCAUGUUUCGUUUUUUUUUUUCCGAAAUAUUUUAUUCAUUUACAUAAUUACUUCAUUUAAAAUAAAGAAAUGUUUGGUUAAUGGGUUGUAAACAUUAACCAAAUGUUUUCUCUCUCUCUCUCUCUCUCUCUCUCUCCAGAAAGUAUUAGAAAACAUCGCAGGUGAUAAUAAAAAAAUGUGAUUUCUAACAAAUAACACAGCAACAAAUUUGUGGGGAAGCUAUAGAGAAUUUAUCGAUUCAGUACUUGAUCGAUACUUAUUUAAUCGACCUGGAAGGAAGAAAGUUACAUUUGAUCUCGACUCUAUUUGAAGUCGAAACCUAAACAACAGCAACUAAAUACUGCUUUUAUUCCGACACCUCAACCGAUUCUAGAUACUAAUUUAACAACUUGAAAUAAGAUAGACAAUGACAUAAAAUAAGUAGGGAAACAUUUGCUGUUACACCGGUUCAGUGACUUUUACUUAACUUUCAUGUGCGAUUUGGACUUCGUAAUUAUAAAAUAAUUAUUUAUAUUAAUAUUAAUUACAGUCGAAAAUGUCAGCGAAGAAAUUACCUCCAAUUUUAACUGUGAAAGAAAUUCUGCGACUUUAUAAAAUCCAAGCUCGAAAAAACUUAUCUCAGAAUUUCCUUUUAGAUAUGAAUAUGGUUCGGAAAAUAGUUCGGUCAGCUUCUUUUAUACAGGAUCAUCACGUUGUUGAGGUUGGUCCUGGUCCUGGUGGCAUUACACAAGCUUUAUUAAUGGCAAAAUGUAAACAUCUUACAGUCAUUGAGAAAGACUCCCGCUUUAUGCCCGCAUUAAAGAUGUUGGCAAAUGUUUAUGAGAAUAUGGAUAUUAUUCAUGGAGAUAUUCUGAAAUUUGACAUGGGAAGACUAUUUCCUGAGGAACUAAAAACUCCUUGGGCUUCAAAACCACCCCCAAUUCAUAUCAUUGGGAACCUUCCAUUUAAUGUAUCUACUCCUCUGAUUAUAAGAUGGUUGAGGGAUAUUUCCUACCAAAGAGGAGCUUGGUCUUAUGGACGGACACGCCUCACGCUAACAUUCCAGAAAGAAGUUGCUGAAAGAAUGGUAGCGCUAAUAGCAAGUGAUGAACGUUGCCGACUCUCUAUGAUGUGUCAACAUUUAUGUAAUGUCAAACUAAAUUUUAUUAUUCCCGGUAAAGUGUUUGUCCCUGCUCCAGAAGUUGAUGUUGGAGUUGUCAGUUUUGUUCCUUUAAUUGAACCAAAGAUUAAGUUACCAUUUGAACUGGUGGAGAAAGUGAUGAGGCAUGUCUUUCAUCACAGGAAUAAAAAAUGUCGUUACGGUAUCCGAACUCUCUUUCCUAAAGAACACUGGUACUUUGCUGACGAAAUUCUAGAGAAGUCUGCCGUUAACCCAGUUUUACCAUCAUACAAUUUAUCCAUGGAAGAAUUAGAUAAGAUAUGCCAUGCCUACAACGAUAUCUGUAAAACUGUUCCUGGUAUAAUAUCUUACGACUACAGAGCAGCACCAGUUGAACGAAUCAUGAAAGAACAAGAAAUUACUUCACUUAUACUGGCACAGGGCCAUAUUUGAAGGGGGAUACCAUCAGUGUUUGGUCUCUUGUAUUUAAUACUACCACAAAUGGUGGAUGGUUGGCGUUUUCCUAAAAAUAUCUGAAAGAAACUCUGGAGUAUCUUUCUAUCGCUGUCUUCAAGUUUGUCAGAUUUCAGCCCAGUACUGCAAUCUGUCGAAACGAUCCAUUUAAACAAUGCUCUGACACAAAGAAAGACUCGACCCAGGUGACAUGUCAGAUCCUAACAGUUCAUCCAAACUGUGAUUGACAACAUUAACAAGUUGUGGUGGUAGAAAUGAUUGUUCAUUGAAGUAAAAGACCUCACAAAUACUUCAGUAUUAAAUUUUGUUUCAUUGUUCUGAGGUUAGCCCUGUCUUUCAUCCCACCUAUGGUCUAUAAAUAAUAACAGUCAUAUACUGCUUGGAAUUGGUCCAGUGAAUUACACCAAUUGAGGAAUUGGUUUGGUGACCUUCUGCCAACUCAAGGAAUCAAUGUUGUUACCUUAUUUUGUAGAAUAUAUAAUUUUUUUAAAGA